AUGGGCAAGCCAAUCGUCCUCCAGCUCGGCGACGACAUCAAAUGGAACCAUGACCUCUACAAGGACUUCACCUCCAGGUUCGAGAUCCGCCGGUCGUACAGCAUGCCGCGCGCCGAAUUCAUCCAGGCACUCAAGGACAAGAAGUUCGGCGACUUCUUCGCCAUCUACCGCCCGUUCUGGAACACGGGCGGCGAGAUGGGCAACUGGGACAAGGAGCUGAUCUCGCUUCUCCCUUCGUCAUGCAAAGUCUACGCCAGCGCUGGAGCCGGCUUCGACUGGGUCGACACGGAGACUCUCGCGAGCCGGGGUGAGUCGCCCCCCAUCUUGCUACUUACUGUUGACCGGACGCGAGACAUCAGACAUGCUGACAGCCAUCUCCAUCCAGGAAUCGUCUACUGCAACGCCGCCGCCGCGUGCACCGAAUCUGUCGCCGACGGCGCAAUCUGGCUCAUCCUCUCGACCUUCCGCCUCUUCUCGUGGUCCUCCGCCGCCGCCCGCUCCGGCGACCCGGACCAGUUCGUCGACGCCAACAAGAACCUCGGCGCCGUCUCCCGGAACCCCAACGGCUUCACCCUCGGCAUCAUCGGCUUCGGCCGCAUCGGCCGCCGCAUCGCCGAGAAGGCGCACCGCUCCUUCGACAUGAAGAUCCUCUACAACGACGUCGCGCGCAUGCCCGCCGAGGCCGAGAAGGGCUCGGACGCCACCUUCUACGGCGACAUGAGCGACCUGCUGGCCGCCGCCGACUGCGUCAUCGUGGCGACGCCCUUCGCCGGCAAGACGCUCCUCGACGCCGCGGCGAUCGGCAAGAUGAAGAAGGGCGCCAGGCUCAUCAACAUCGCGCGCGGGAAGCUCGUCGAGGAGGAGCCCCUCGUCGCGGCGCUGAAGAGCGGCCACCUCUCGGCCGCCGGCCUCGACGUCCACUACAACGAGCCCCACGUCAACAAGGAGCUGAUCAAGAUGAGGAACGUCGAGGUCCUCUCGCACAACGCCGGCGCCUCGCUGGACGCCCACAUGGGCUUCGAGAAGCUGGGCAUGCAGAACAUCAUUUCCUUCGCCGAGACGGGCAAGGCCGUCACGCCCGUCAAUGCCCACCUGAUUACCAAGAGCCGCUUGUGA